AUGACCAACGGCGAGGCCGACAUGGCGGUCUCUCUUUGGGACCUGCCACUAGAAGAGCCAGGCGACCAGCGCCCGCAGGGGAACGGUGACGCGGCCAGCGAGAAGUACCUUGCAGCGAUCCAUGCCUUGAUGAUGGCGAUGGCCAAGCAAAACUCCAUUCAGAUUCCCACCGAGGCCCUUCUGGUGCGACGAAAAAUAGAUCAACAUGGGGAUGACAUUCGCCCGAGCAAGGCGCAUUUCGACAGCGGUAAGACAAUCAACUACCAGCUUGAGCAGCGCCCGACACCAAAAGCUUGGUCGCCACAGGAACGGGACAGGACCUUCGAACCUUUCCCUGCAGAAAGCCUACAGGUGGAAAGGUUUGACGAUCGUCCCAACGAAGACCUGGUCAAGAUUCUUUCGUGGCACGUUCCUUUACCCCAGAAGCUCAGUGGUGCAUACGUCGAGUAUUAUGAGCUUGGCUACGAUGAGGACGGCUAUGUGUCCAGACUCAGACAGGGGGAUUUGACUGCCGCUGCAGCAGUUUCUCGUCCCGUCUAUAGGGUGAUCGACGAGCACAUGGUGAGCUGUAAAUCCACGUUGAUAUCCGAUUAUCUCACUCAUUCGCUGCAGUCGACAAAGCGAGAUCCCUUAGGGCAACGGUUCGGGAGAGAAUGGAAAUUCGGACUGAACGGAAAGUCGGACCACGUGCUGUUCUCCAUCGCCGCCGCCCAGUUGUGCCGAAAUGCAGAUUUGGACGAGAGCGGCGGAUACAAGUCUUUGGGCUCAGGAAGACAACGGUCGGUCAACCGCUUCUUGACACAAUUCAGGGGCGAAUGGGGAACAAGCCGGGACCAGAGGGGAACCUCGGAGUAUCGAUGGACAGAAAGACCGGGUUCGGGCAAGCUGACCCAGGAAGACAUUGUCUUCCAAUAUCACAUGCGCGCCUUCGCGACUCCGCAGCUCCCAUCGGCGGGAGUGCUUGACCUGAAAUUUAUGAAACGGGAGCAGGGCACCUUAGCAGUUGACAAGGCCGCACCCAGCAUCUACAUACGCGAGAUUCGAUACUCAAUCGGGCUGAAAACUACCUGGGACUUUGAAUUCCCAGUCUUUUCCCUGGUCACGAUGGUUGAUGCUGCUGCUGGCAGCCUGCAAAACUGUGGAGAGCUAUGGGAGAGGAACAAGUGGGCAGCCGUCGGUAUCUGUCCGUCAAUGCGUGCAACGGGGAUUGCCGCCUUCGCGUUCAGGAUUCAAUCGCUUCUUCCCCAAUGGGCGGGCCAUUGGUCGGGCUUGGUGGACAACAUUCAAAAACAACUUACCGCCAACAUCCUCCGCAUCAGCGCAGAGUGGAUACAAGAGAGCAUGGAUGACCUCCAACGGAUGGUUGACGACAUGGAGCAGCUUUACUUCGCCUCGCCAGCCGAUGCCCAAGCCGCCAACUUCCUUCCAGGAACGCCCACUGCCGAUGGGGACGUGGGAGCGGCCGCCAGCAAUGUGGCCAUGCAUGAAGCGGCCGCCAACAUGUUUAGGAAAAACUGGAACGGCGUGAUACUGGAGCAACAGCGGCUCGGGAACGCCCUCCUAGCCCGUGUCGCCAAGAUCGAACAGGAAACUAAGAGUCUCAGAGACGGUGUGUUCAACGCGACAGCGGUCAGCGAGGCGACGAAAUCCACGCAGCUAAACCAUUACAUUCUGGUAUUCACCAUGGUCACCAUCUUUUACCAACCCCUGAGUUUUAUCGCGAGUUCGAGUCAGAAGAUGUGGUUUAUUAUCACAACUGGCGUCGUGGCUGGCACCACAUACCUGAUAUCUUGGAUCUCCAUAUGGGCUGUGGGCGACCCGACCCGGAGGCAAAAACUUGCUGAUGCAUAUGCCCGACUCGGUCACAGGGGUUUUGUGGAUUGGGCAAGCGCACGCAUCCGGAGGAAUCAAAAAGAGAGCGAGGCUCACGGUUCAGUGUUGUGCGAGUGA